GACUUAUUACUGACCACACGCUCCACAGCCACGCAUAGCCACGGCGCCGGCUCCGGGGGUGCCAUCGGUAUGUCUAUCUCGACGUCCACCUCACUUUCUCCGUGUCUCCUUAUCUCCCUCGGAGCAUAUACCGACACCCCAACGAAUCCCUGGCGAUAGGGCCGAGAGUAGCAGCUGCGAUGCCACGAUAGUGCGCCAACACCGACCAUCCGCCGAGACUUCGUUUCAGCGGACAGGAAUUCUGGAACGAUGAGCACUCAGACUCAUUCGCCGCCAGUGUCUUCGAGAAAACGGGUGCGAUCAACCACGGGCUGCGGCAACUGCAAGAAAAGAAAGCUCAAGUGUGAUGAGAACAAGCCUGGCUGCGCGCGAUGCGAAGUCCGGGGCCUGAAAUGCCCUGGCUAUCCCGUCAAAGAAUUGAAGUGGUCUUCGAAGCAUGAGGUUCUCAAGGUCCCAAACGCUGACGCCUAUUCCGCGCAUGCCGCACCAGUCGCUGGUGAUGAGGAGCGCUUGGAUAGUUCGUCCAAUUCCGUCUGGCCAAGUUCCAUAUACUCGCAAGAUUUCGCCGGGAAUUCCUUCACGCUAGACACUGAUGCUCCAUUUGAGCCUACCUCGGGCGAGUUGAACCUUGGUACGGCAAUACCGGAUCUGCCUAUUGGCGAAGGCCCUAUGUCAUCCCUUCACGAUGAAGGCGGAGGAGAAAGAUUCUGGGAGCCAUCAUCUACUGCUGAAGAUGGGCGUCAGGCUGACUGCAUACUCACGACUGCGCCAUCUUGGAAUCCUGGUCUGGGUCCGGCAAAUUUUCCAACCUUUACAGACGUCUCAACAAUAUCAUCUAUUGGAUCCCCCGGUGCCGAGUCCGUGUUGACUCCGACGACACCUCUAAACUCCUCUCUUCUACAUGUUCCGACUCUUCUAGUAGAAUACUACUUCCAGAAAGUGUGUCGAGAGUGUUCGACAUUCGAUUCGGACUUCAACCCCUUUCGCACAGUGAUCUCGAAGAUGCGAGGGACGUCCGCUCCCAUCGACUCUGUUAUCCGAAGUCUAUCGGCUUCCAAACUGGUCGACGAUAUGCCUAGCAUGAAGCUUAUAGGCAUCGAGGCUCAAUGGCAAGCCCUGGAGAAUGUGCAGAACGAGUGUCUGCAAGUCACCGCGCUGCACAAUGUAUCCGACGAGGCGCUCUACACCAUCCUUCUCCUUGGAAUGACCACCAGCUGGCAUGUGCGAGAUGAUCUGGGAUUGGAGUAUUUGGCUUUGGCCAAUCGAGUUGUCAGUGCCAGAGCGGAAUCGCCGGGUGUUGUGACGAACAUGAAUCAGGAAUUUUUUCAAAAUGCACUCAUGUACUGGAACAUGAUUGUGAGCUUGGUCAGCGAGUCUGUCGAGACACCUCAUGGCGAGAUUGAAGAGAACUUCUCCGCUUUCGGACCUCUACCAAUCGUCGUUCAGAAGAAGAAAAUCAUGCCGCAUCCAUGGGCUGGUAUACAGCCCAAAUCGCAGGAACUCUUCGGCCGUGUUCUGCGGCUCGUCCGGAGAGCGCGCGGCGGGUUCAACAAAUCGACAACUUCCACAGUCUCGAGGGCUGCGAUCAACAAUCUAUCCAAGGCAAUCACGACUGCCGAAAGCCUCGAGGUGGAGUGCUGGUCCAUCUCGAUCCCCCCGGUGACCGACGUAGAAGAUACGGGAGACCUCAACACACCACCAGUUCAUCACGUGCUCACCAGCAAAGCAUAUCUGCUGGCUGCACUGCUUCAUAUAUACAUGGCAUUCCCAGAUGUCCUUGAGAACCAAGUCCGAUCAUGCUUAGAUUCCGGGCUGGCAGAACCGACAUCUGAUGCCACGCCAGAAACCACCGACUCGGCGCAUACGGUAUCCAAGUCUUGGCUAUGGGGCGAAAGAGCAGCGGGUGACCCUCUCGAUGCAUGGGUGCGAGAUAUCGGAAUCCGGAUCGUUGAGUGUCUCGAGAUGAUUGGGGUGCAAUCGGGCACGAGAGUUGUGCACCCGCCACUAUUGCUGUCCGUGGCCUCGGCUCUCACCCUACCCUCGGAGAAGGCUAGCGUUGCGAAAGACAGGCCGACUCCUCGAACGACGUCGUCAGAAGACGCGCAGUCGGGGCGACAUUUGACGAGCAACGAAGCUGCUUUCCGCGUUCGUCAGGCCCGUCAGUUCAUGAUCGCCCGACUGGAGAUCAUGCAAGCUCUCAUGCGUUUCCGUGCCAUCGACAACAUCCUCACCGUCGUAAAGGAAGUAUGGAAGCGUGCUGAUGCUGGGACCCAAGACUUCUUCUGGAUGGACGUCAUGGCCGAACUGCACUGCGAGACUCUGUUUGGCUAAAUAUGAAUCAUGGACACGCCUGUUUUACUAACAUAUCUUUAUGAACGAAUCCCUGCCUUGCCUCCCUCAAAGAUCUACGCCGAGAUUGACAUGCACUGCUUUGGCCUGGGUGUAGGAAUCCAGUGCGUACGGACCCAAGUCCUUGCCGAUGCCCGAGGAUUUGUAUCCGCCGAAUGGGAUCCCGAAAUGCGAGUCCCCGGAGGAGUUGAUCCACACCAUACCCGCCGCGAGUUUCGCCGCGACCUUGUGUCCCUUCCGCAUGUUCUCGGUGAAUACGGC